AGAUGACGCCGGGCAAAGCCGGCAGAGCCUGCCCAGCUCAGCCCAGCCCCGCCGCAGCCCCAGCGGGCUGGUCGCGCUCCCUCCGCGGCCGCGCAGUCGGGUCGAGGCGGGCUCCGGUAGCAGGGCAGGAUGGACGUAGCCAUGGACUUGUACCUGGCUGUCCCGCUGCUCUUCACCGUCCUGGCCAUCGUCCUCGCCUCCGUCUUCGUGAGGCUGCGGAGAGGCGAAGGCGAGCGGGUGGCGGAGCGGCCCCGGGAGCCAGCAGCGGCUGAGCCGGCCCGGGAGGGAGAAGCGGCGGCGGCGGCGGCGGGGCCGGAGGAUGAAGGGAGCCGGGUGCCGGUGGAGGAGGUCGGGGCAAGAGAGGAGGGGAAGGAGGUGGCUGGAAAUCAGCGGGAGGCGGCGGCAGCGGAGCUGGGCCCUGCGGCCGAGCCCAGCCCCGCGGCUCCCGAGAGCAUCCCCCGGCAGCCAACGGCCUCCGACAGCGUCCCCCGGCAGCCGCCGGCCUCCAACAGCGUCCCCCAGCAACCUCCGGUCCCCGAGAGCGUCCCCCGGCAGCCUCCCGCCCCCGAGAGCGUUCCCCGGCAGCCUCCCGCCCCCGAGAGCGUCCCCCGCCAGCCCCCGGUCUCCGAGAGCACCCCCCGGCAGCCGCCCGCCGAGCCGCGGGAGCCCGGGCGCAGGGACGAUGCGGAGAGCAAGAUACCACCUUUGGGUGCCUCCCCUGGGUCCGGCCAUGGGCAAACAGGAGAAGUGGAGGAUGGAUGUGACCAUGCAGCACUUUCCAGCAAGGAAGAGGAAGAAGAUCUGGACUCAGAAAAUGAGAAGCUGGAGGUGAGAGAGCCAGAGGAUGAGGAUGCUUCAGAUGAGAUGUUCUCUUUCAAAUACAGUCCUGGAAAGCUGAGGGGAAACCAAUACAAGUCAAUGAUGACCAAAGAAGAACUCGAGGAAGAGCAAAGGAUUGAGCUGACCUCUGAUCUCACAUCUCUGUAGCAAGUACCUUAGGUCCUCGGCCACAAACUUUCUUGCAAAUCUUUUUGAACUGAAGACUAUAUGAAGUUGUCCCUAGCCUCCUCCUAAAGGCAUCCCUUGGCAUCUUUAAAGGCUUGAGAGAAAUACCAAAAACAACCAAACACACCCAUAAGAGAAAUCCAUAAACCCUCAAAACUUGGGAUCCCCUCUUGGUCUGGAGUUGAGCUCUUCAAAACCUCCUGUGGUGUCGAGUUUGAGGAGAACCUGUUGUGUGGUUCUAUGGACUGGGGCUGGGCCCGAGCAGCAACUUGAGUUGUGUCUGGGGGGCUGGGAUGAACCUUCCUCCCUCUCCCCUAAACAGAACUCAAAUUGGACACUAAAUGUGCAGCGAGUCUGUUAGUUGUGUUCAGCACCAAGUACUAGGCUUGCCAUGAAACCUGUGUGGUUCCUUUCUCGGGGUGGGCCAACAACAGCUCUUCUCCUAGACCAGCCUGGACCUUACACCAGACUAGCAAGUUAGUUCUUCCUGGGGCCAAACUCCUCUUUACUCUUGGGGGGGUGGGAACUGCCUGUGAUCUCAAAUGUUGUACAAUGCUGCUUCAUUCUGAGGGACAAAGUGAGGUCCAAGUGAGGGAUAGCAGAUGGACUGACUCUGAUCUUGCUUCUGUAGUUGUUCUAGCAGAGACCUGAUUGUGUAGGUAGACAGAAGGCUUGAGAAGUGAUGAGGAUUGCUAGUUUAACUGUUCUGCUUCUAGUGGUGGAGGUUUAGGAGGCCACACUUUGGCUGCUGUUAAUAUCUGGAUUCUCAGUUUUCCCUACUCCUGUUCCCAAGAGGAGAGACCCAAGGAGAUAGCUAUAGCAUCAAGAGUUCCUUCUGGCUCUGGAUGAAAUAGCUGGGGUUCUGGAAGAGACAACCUCCCCAUUCCUCUGCCUGCUUGCUGUUGCAGUGCCCUCUCCUCUUGCUAGCCCUGUGGCUUGUCCACUGGAGCCAGUGCUCAGUGUUGCUCCUCAUCUCUGUCGCGUAGAGAUGAAUUUGGCUGGGUGUGUACACCUGCCUCACACACAGCAGGUUCCACAGCAAACCAAGCCAGUUUGUGAGAGUGAGAAGAGGGUCCAAGUCCUCUAGCAAUGUUGCAGAAACAGCAGGCUGGGGGUGGGGAUGCAUCCUUCAGAGUUUCUCUUUCACUGCCGAACAACUGCCUCUUGGCUAAGGCUGCAAACAUAUCAGAAACCCAGCAGGCUGCUUUCGUUCCUCCUAUGUGAUGGCUAUGCAGACAAUACUUGAACCCUUGUACACAGUUGUCCCUUCUAGCGCCUGGGGUGGGCAAACUCUUCAUCCAAGGGCUCAUUUAAAGAACAGCAGGAGGCUUCAGCUGUAGAAAAGAGGCUGGGCUGCCCCUUCCCAGCCAACAACCGCAAGCCUGCGCAGUGCUGUGCGUAUGAGUUUAGGCACCUCUGGACCCUCCGCUUCAACUCCCUCCCCUCCCCUCCCCUCAUUGCCGGUACAGCUGCUCUCUGCCCUCGGUGCUGGCUGGCUGACUGUGUCCUGAGCACCCAACUAUGCAAAGAAUGCCUUAUAUACGUUGUGUUUAAGUUACAUGGCAGUAUGUACAUCGAGCAAAGUCUAUAGUUGAGUCCAGAUUUCCUGCUAGUGGCAGCGAGUCCGAACGAUUUCUUCAACUCCACACGGCUGUCUGGGUGUAUUUUUUUUACUUUAGUUUGGUUUUUGUUUGUUUGUUUUCUAUCUGAUGGUGGCUCUUCUACAAAGGACUGUAAUUCUAGUGGCUUGAAUCUGUAAAAAAACAAACAAAAAAAAAACAACAAAAAAAUUGCCUUUGUUUGGUCCAAUAAACCUUUGAAUAGUUUA